ACUAAUCACACAUAUGAUACCUGCUUUGAGCGCAAUUGCUAUCCAUUCCACUGGAGAAACAACAUUAAGAAAAAUCAAUUGGGCGGAGGAGCAGAAACUCGUCAAUUUGAUUCACGCAUCAUGUGUGAUAGUGGAGUGGCUCACGUGGAUGGAAAAAACGACAUUAGUUUUGGUCUUUCUAACGAGCAAUUACUCCAGCUAGCUCAAAUUAUGAAAAACCAACUACAAGACAAAAUACAUGCCCCUACUUCUUCUGAUGUUCAGAUAAAUAUGGCAAAUACUUCAUCUAGGGGUCGCACUUCGAUCAUUGAUUCUGGGGACUUAUCCUCGAGGAAGUUGAUUGGGGUGGGCAGAUGUCAUAAUGGUCUCUAUUACUUAGAGUCACCAGAAAAUAAGGGGGUGGCAAUGGCAGUUUCAGUUAAUCUUGAUUUAUGGCAUCAGCGAUUGGGACACGCAUCAGACAACAGGUACGUAACACGUGAUUUGCUUCCUGCUCCAUCAUUGAAUAGUGGACUUGGACCAACAAAUAGCCACACAUUUGCACCGCCUCAUGGGAGUACGCCGAUUGGAGGUGGCCCACCUGGACAGCCGCUGCAUGAAAGAGACACGAAGGUGAGUCACGAUGUAGCUCUCUUGGAUGAGGCCACCCAUCAUCUCGCGUGCCAACAACAUGGCCUCCAGCCACCCAAUUUGGACUUUUGUUCUCAAUCAAUUGAGGGUCACCAGGAAACGGUGGACACAAUACCCACUCAUAUGGAUUUGAAAAUCAGCCAGCAGAUACAUACCAUGCCAAUUGGCCCACAAGUCACAGCCUAAUCAGCCGCCUGAAUGCACAAUAUCUCAAAAUGAGCCAAAACGCAGCGCAAGAGUUCGGCGGCCAUCAACACGCCUAUCAGAUUAUGAUACUGACUUACCAUCCUCCCUUAUUCAUCGGUUCACCGCCAACCAUGCUGACUCUAUGUACAGGAUCCAUUAUGGCGAGAAGCCAUGCAAAAGGAAAUUGAUGCCCUCGAAGAAAAUGACACUUGGACCCUUGUCCAUUUACCACCCGGAAAAAGGGUUGUUGACUCUAAAUGGGUUUAUAAGAUCAAAUAUAAACCUAAUGGAGACGUAGAGCGUUACAAAGCAAGACUUUUUGCUAAAGGUUAUACUCAAGUCGAGGGAGUUGACUUUCACGAAACAUUUGCUCCUGUUGCCAAAUUUGUCACAGUAAGGUGUUUGUUAGCCGUUGCCGCAAAACGCAAUUGGGUUGUCCAUCAAUUGGAUGUAAACAACGCUUUUCUUCACGGUGAUCUUUCCGAAGAUGUUUAUAUGCGUUUACCACAAGGUUUUGCCAAAAGGGAGACACUCGUGUUUGCAAACUACAAAAAUCCCUGUAUGGCCUCAAGCAAGCCUCUCGUAAUUGGUAUCAUAAAUUCACUCAUGCGCUAAUCGACAUUGGCUUCCGUCAAUCAUGAGCAGACCACUCCCUUUUUAUUUUUCAAAAGGGAUCGAUUAAUACCUUUGCUUUAAUCAUGACCUCUCUCACAUCAAUAUGGUCAAGGGUUAUUUAGAUGCCAAAUUUAGCAUCAAAGACUGGGGAAAAUUAAAGUAUUUUCUUGGCAUUGAAGUCGCUCGUUCACCAGAAGGAUUUGUUUUAAGUCAACGCAAGUAUACUCUUGACAUCUUGGCAGAAACAGGGACUCUUGUUGGCCGUCCUAGCUCAUUUCCAAUGGAGCAAAAUUUAAAGCUUUGUCCUGACGAUGGUAGCCCACUCGUGGAGGCUUCUUCAUAUCACCGGUUAAUUGGGCGCCUGUUAUAUCUCACCGUCACACGACCAGACAUAGUUUAUUCCGUCAGCCAGCUCAGUCAAUUUCUCAGUGCCCCACGACAGACACGUCUUAAUGCUGCUAUUCGUGUACUUAUGUACUUGAAGCAUACACCUGGUCAAGGAAUCUAUCUAUCCUCAGAUAAUGACAUCACAUUGACAGGUUUUUGCGAUGCUGAUCGGGCCGGCUGCCCUUUCAAUCGACGCUCAAGCACUGGUUAUUCUAUUACUCUUGGAGUCUCACCCAUAUCGUGGCAGACAAAGAAACAAUCGGUCGUCUCACGUUCCUCUGCUGAAGUAGAAUACCUUGUUAUGGCAGUCACAGUAAGUUGAAAUGGGGAGUAUUAAAGUUGACUUAUUUUUCUACAUACCAUUUUAUCUUUUUAUUUGUACAUGUAUGUAUUUUCCUAUGUAGAUAGUCAUUCGCAUGGAACAUGCAUGCUUAUUUUCUCUCACCUAUUAUACAUAGGUCCCUCUCAUGUAUUAUAUAUAUGCUCCGGACACAUACUAAAUGAAUAAGCAGGAGGAUUUCUCCAUUGCUCUUCCAAUCU